GGAAGUCAAAACAUCACUUCUUUAUAUUACACACAUGUUAUUCUCUCCUUUAUAAGUGUGCAAUGGGCUCAAAGGUGGUAUCCAGUGCCAAGGAGUUUUAUAAUAUUCUUCGGUCUCUUCAAGUUGAGGAAAGCAACGAUCCAUGUACAUAUGAGGAGGACAUCCACAUAUUAAAAAUGAAUGCAGACAGAAUCCCUGUGCUGAAUAUGUUCUGUGGCAACCAGCCAGUCCUCAUCUGUGAGAAAGCUGUAACAAAAAUGUAUGAACCUGAUGAUCAACCAAUGGCUGAAACAUCAAACUGCGCUGACAACGAUAAUGCUGCUGCUGCUGCUGAUGAUGAUGAUGAUGAUGAUGAUGAUGAUGAUGAUGAUGAUGAUAAUGCUGAUGCCAAUGCUCUCCAGACAGAAUUGGGACCACAGCCACUUACGCUCAUGAAAGCAAGGCAGUUGCUGUCUUGGUACACAUUAUCUCAAAACGCUAAUGUGUCAGCUGUGGACAACAACCCCGCCUUACAACCUCUAUGGGUGCGAUGUGACAUGUCUGAUCCAGCUGGAACAACCUGGUUUGGAGCGGAAACGGUCUGCAUGGGCAAUAAAGUGUCUGGUGUCAAAUUAUACUCUGUUACAUGCAAAGCCUCAACUGUGGACAAAGGAUCUCUUAUAACCUUAGACGAGCUUAAACAAGAGCACAAGAAAAGGCACCACCCAUCCUCGAUGGCAAUCAAAGGCAGUGCCACGUUCAAAUUGUUUGGCUCCACUGUUGUUGAAAACACCAUGAUUGGGUCACAGAGUAGUGUGACAGUGGAUUUCAAAUGGAGCCAUGUGGAGAGCAUCCUUGAGACCCCACCCCUGUCUUCUACAGCCACACUGAAUAUCAAAAUUGCAAGCGGGGACAUGAGGAGCCCAAUGUACGUGAUGUACAGGGACCUGGAGUUUCUUCAGGCUCUCGCUGAUGGUUUGAGAUCUGGUGAGACUGAAUGGCUGGAGCCUUUGGAAAGCGUAUCAGCUGUAAAUCUGACCAAGGCCUUCCUAGAAGAGCUUCAGGAUACUGCAAAGAAACUACAGGACCAGACUCCCAAAACAGCUGAAACCACACAGCCGAAAAAUGUGACGGAGACUCACAUUUUUAACUCUUUCUUGGAACGAGGUGAUUUGGAUUUUGUUGAGCAGCUGUGGGUUCGGAUGAGAAAGAGUGUGACUUCAUAUCAAGACAUAGGAGACUGCCUGAAAUUGGUCACGGAAGCUCUAAGAUACGGUGACGUCAAACCCUGGAUUCACAGAGACAGCAGCAGCUCCCUCAGCAAGCUCAUCCUGCAGUCUUACCACCAGCAGAUUGACCAUGUGUCUCUCACAGGUGUCACCCCCAUCCACAUGCUGCUGGAGAUGGGUCUGGACAAGAUGAGAAAGGAUUACAUUAACUACCUCAUCGUUCAAGAAUUGACAACUCUUAACCACUUGUGUUAUUACCUGAGCACAGAGGUUGAUCUGCAGGAGCAAGUGAUCCGGCUCAGCAAACUGCACCACCUGCUGGAAAUAAUAGUGACGUGCAGUACUUUCCUGGGUUUGCCCUACGACCGGCUCUUUCUUCUGACACAAUCCUGUUUGCAGCACUACAAAACACACCCAUAUGAUGAGGAGCAUGAAUUCAAACUGCAGAUCAAACCCGCACUGAUCAGCAAUUUCUACCAGAAAGAGCAGCCCGCCCUGUGGGGGGCUGAGGUGUCCAGUGGCAACGGUUCUCGUGAGGUCAGGACAUCCGUACAGCUCAGUGACAGACCACUGGUUGAUCAUGCUAUCUUUGAAAAUGAUUACUCAAAUGAAACCGUGAAUGGGGACAGUGAGGAUAUGGCCUUGUUCUCCACCAUGGUGUGCUGUAGCCUCGUCAACUUUGCGUGAAUUAACACAGAGGCACCACUUAACAACAAAGGAGGUUUUUAUUGUCAUUUUUGAUAUCCUCACCAUCAAUUAAAAUGCCAGAAGAACUAGCAAAAUGACCUCAUGCUACACCACAAAGUAUAUGUUUCUGUUAAUAUACUGUAAUUUUUAAAAAUGCUUUGAAUAAACUACUUUCAAUCUGUUCUGUGACACUGCCA